AUGCGCAAAAGCACACCUAUCCGAUUGGGUUUACCGCUCACCUCAGCACACAGGACACACAGCCCUCUCAUUGGCACCGGCGCUGUUCCAGGGCCCGGCGUUGUGCCAGGGUCCGCGGGCGCUGUCCGGCUCCCCCCCCCGGCCGUACUUGGUACCGCCCGUGGUACCACACCGGCCCCGCCGCUGUCCCGGGGCCCGCGGGCACCGGCGCUGUUCCAGAGCCCGGCGUUGUGCCAGGGUCCGUGGGCGCUGUCCGGCUCCCCCCCCCGGCCCUACUUGGUACCGCCCGUGGUACCACACCGGCCCCGCCGCUGUCCCGGGGCCCGCGGGCACCGGCGCUGUUCCAGAGCCCGGCGUUGUGCCAGGGUCCGUGGGCGCUGUCCGGCUCCCCCCCCCGGCCCUACUUGGUACCGCCCGUGGUACCACACCGGCCCCGCCGCUGUCCCGGGGCCCGCGGGCACCGGCGCUGUUCCAGAGCCCGGCGUUGUGCCAGGGUCCGUGGGCGCUGUCCGGCUCCCCCCCCCGGCCCUACUUGGUACCGCCCGUGGUACCACACCGGCCCCGCCGCUGUCCCGGGGCCCGCGGGCACCGGCGCUGUUCCAGAGCCCGGCGUUGUGCCAGGGUCCGUGGGCGCUGUCCGGCUCCCCCCCCCGGCCCUACUUGGUACCGCCCGUGGUACCACACCGGCCCCGCCGCUGUCCCGGGGCCCGCGGGCACCGGCGCUGUUCCAGAGCCCGGCGUUGUGCCAGGGUCCGUGGGCGCUGUCCGGCUCCCCCCCCCGGCCCUACUUGGUACCGCCCGUGGUACCACACCGGCCCCGCCGCUGUCCCGGGGCCCGCGGGCACCGGCGCUGUUCCAGAGCCCGGCGUUGUGCCAGGGUCCGUGGGCGCUGUCCGGCUCCCCCCCCCGGCCCUACUUGGUACCGCCCGUGGUACCACACCGGCCCCGCCGCUGUCCCGGGGCCCGCGGGCACCGGCGCUGUUCCAGAGCCCGGCGUUGUGCCAGGGUCCGUGGGCGCUGUCCGGCUCCCCCCCCCGGCCCUACUUGGUACCGCCCGUGGUACCACACCGGCCCCGCCGCUGUCCCGGGGCCCGCGGGCACCGGCGCUGUUCCAGAGCCCGGCGUUGUGCCAGGGUCCGUGGGCGCUGUCCGGCUCCCCCCCCCGGCCCUACUUGGUACCGCCCGUGGUACCACACCGGCCCCGCCGCUGUCCCGGGGCCCGCGGGCACCGGCGCUGUUCCAGAGCCCGGCGUUGUGCCAGGGUCCGUGGGCGCUGUCCGGCUCCCCCCCCCGGCCCUACUUGGUACCGCCCGUGGUACCACACCGGCCCCGCCGCUGUCCCGGGGCCCGCGGGCACCGGCGCUGUUCCAGAGCCCGGCGUUGUGCCAGGGUCCGUGGGCGCUGUCCGGCUCCCCCCCCCGGCCCUACUUGGUACCGCCCGUGGUACCACACCGGCCCCGCCGCUGUCCCGGGGCCCGCGGGCACCGGCGCUGUUCCAGAGCCCGGCGUUGUGCCAGGGUCCGUGGGCGCUGUCCGGCUCCCCCCCCCGGCCCUACUUGGUACCGCCCGUGGUACCACACCGGCCCCGCCGCUGUCCCGGGGCCCGCGGGCACCGGCGCUGUUCCAGAGCCCGGCGUUGUGCCAGGGUCCGUGGGCGCUGUCCGGCUCCCCCCCCCGGCCCUACUUGGUACCGCCCGUGGUACCACACCGGCCCCGCCGCUGUCCCGGGGCCCGCGGGCACCGGCGCUGUUCCAGAGCCCGGCGUUGUGCCAGGGUCCGUGGGCGCUGUCCGGCUCCCCCCCCCGGCCCUACUUGGUACCGCCCGUGGUACCACACCGGCCCCGCCGCUGUCCCGGGGCCCGCGGGCACCGGCGCUGUUCCAGAGCCCGGCGUUGUGCCAGGGUCCGUGGGCGCUGUCCGGCUCCCCCCCCCGGCCCUACUUGGUACCGCCCGUGGUACCACACCGGCCCCGCCGCUGUCCCGGGGCCCGCGGGCACCGGCGCUGUUCCAGAGCCCGGCGUUGUGCCAGGGUCCGUGGGCGCUGUCCGGCUCCCCCCCCCGGCCCUACUUGGUACCGCCCGUGGUACCACACCGGCCCCGCCGCUGUCCCGGGGCCCGCGGGCACCGGCGCUGUUCCAGAGCCCGGCGUUGUGCCAGGGUCCGUGGGCGCUGUCCGGCUCCCCCCCCCGGCCCUACUUGGUACCGCCCGUGGUACCACACCGGCCCCGCCGCUGUCCCGGGGCCCGCGGGCACCGGCGCUGUUCCAGAGCCCGGCGUUGUGCCAGGGUCCGUGGGCGCUGUCCGGCUCCCCCCCCCGGCCCUACUUGGUACCGCCCGUGGUACCACACCGGCCCCGCCGCUGUCCCGGGGCCCGCGGGCACCGGCGCUGUUCCAGAGCCCGGCGUUGUGCCAGGGUCCGUGGGCGCUGUCCGGCUCCCCCCCCCGGCCCUACUUGGUACCGCCCGUGGUACCACACCGGCCCCGCCGCUGUCCCGGGGCCCGCGGGCACCGGCGCUGUUCCAGAGCCCGGCGUUGUGCCAGGGUCCGUGGGCGCUGUCCGGCUCCCCCCCCCGGCCCUACUUGGUACCGCCCGUGGUACCACACCGGCCCCGCCGCUGUCCCGGGGCCCGCGGGCACCGGCGCUGUUCCAGAGCCCGGCGUUGUGCCAGGGUCCGUGGGCGCUGUCCGGCUCCCCCCCCCGGCCCUACUUGGUACCGCCCGUGGUACCACACCGGCCCCGCCGCUGUCCCGGGGCCCGCGGGCACCGGCGCUGUUCCAGAGCCCGGCGUUGUGCCAGGGUCCGUGGGCGCUGUCCGGCUCCCCCCCCCGGCCCUACUUGGUACCGCCCGUGGUACCACACCGGCCCCGCCGCUGUCCCGGGGCCCGCGGGCACCGGCGCUGUUCCAGAGCCCGGCGUUGUGCCAGGGUCCGUGGGCGCUGUCCGGCUCCCCCCCCCGGCCCUACUUGGUACCGCCCGUGGUACCACACCGGCCCCGCCGCUGUCCCGGGGCCCGCGGGCACCGGCGCUGUUCCAGAGCCCGGCGUUGUGCCAGGGUCCGUGGGCGCUGUCCGGCUCCCCCCCCCGGCCCUACUUGGUACCGCCCGUGGUACCACACCGGCCCCGCCGCUGUCCCGGGGCCCGCGGGCACCGGCGCUGUUCCAGAGCCCGGCGUUGUGCCAGGGUCCGUGGGCGCUGUCCGGCUCCCCCCCCCGGCCCUACUUGGUACCGCCCGUGGUACCACACCGGCCCCGCCGCUGUCCCGGGGCCCGCGGGCACCGGCGCUGUUCCAGAGCCCGGCGUUGUGCCAGGGUCCGUGGGCGCUGUCCGGCUCCCCCCCCCGGCCCUACUUGGUACCGCCCGUGGUACCACACCGGCCCCGCCGCUGUCCCGGGGCCCGCGGGCACCGGCGCUGUUCCAGAGCCCGGCGUUGUGCCAGGGUCCGUGGGCGCUGUCCGGCUCCCCCCCCCGGCCCUACUUGGUACCGCCCGUGGUACCACACCGGCCCCGCCGCUGUCCCGGGGCCCGCGGGCACCGGCGCUGUUCCAGAGCCCGGCGUUGUGCCAGGGUCCGUGGGCGCUGUCCGGCUCCCCCCCCCGGCCCUACUUGGUACCGCCCGUGGUACCACACCGGCCCCGCCGCUGUCCCGGGGCCCGCGGGCACCGGCGCUGUUCCAGAGCCCGGCGUUGUGCCAGGGUCCGUGGGCGCUGUCCGGCUCCCCCCCCCGGCCCUACUUGGUACCGCCCGUGGUACCACACCGGCCCCGCCGCUGUCCCGGGGCCCGCGGGCACCGGCGCUGUUCCAGAGCCCGGCGUUGUGCCAGGGUCCGUGGGCGCUGUCCGGCUCCCCCCCCCGGCCCUACUUGGUACCGCCCGUGGUACCACACCGGCCCCGCCGCUGUCCCGGGGCCCGCGGGCACCGGCGCUGUUCCAGAGCCCGGCGUUGUGCCAGGGUCCGUGGGCGCUGUCCGGCUCCCCCCCCCGGCCCUACUUGGUACCGCCCGUGGUACCACACCGGCCCCGCCGCUGUCCCGGGGCCCGCGGGCACCGGCGCUGUUCCAGAGCCCGGCGUUGUGCCAGGGUCCGUGGGCGCUGUCCGGCUCCCCCCCCCGGCCCUACUUGGUACCGCCCGUGGUACCACACCGGCCCCGCCGCUGUCCCGGGGCCCGCGGGCACCGGCGCUGUUCCAGAGCCCGGCGUUGUGCCAGGGUCCGUGGGCGCUGUCCGGCUCCCCCCCCCGGCCCUACUUGGUACCGCCCGUGGUACCACACCGGCCCCGCCGCUGUCCCGGGGCCCGCGGGCACCGGCGCUGUUCCAGAGCCCGGCGUUGUGCCAGGGUCCGUGGGCGCUGUCCGGCUCCCCCCCCCGGCCCUACUUGGUACCGCCCGUGGUACCACACCGGCCCCGCCGCUGUCCCGGGGCCCGCGGGCACCGGCGCUGUUCCAGAGCCCGGCGUUGUGCCAGGGUCCGUGGGCGCUGUCCGGCUCCCCCCCCCGGCCCUACUUGGUACCGCCCGUGGUACCACACCGGCCCCGCCGCUGUCCCGGGGCCCGCGGGCACCGGCGCUGUUCCAGAGCCCGGCGUUGUGCCAGGGUCCGUGGGCGCUGUCCGGCUCCCCCCCCCGGCCCUACUUGGUACCGCCCGUGGUACCACACCGGCCCCGCCGCUGUCCCGGGGCCCGCGGGCACCGGCGCUGUUCCAGAGCCCGGCGUUGUGCCAGGGUCCGUGGGCGCUGUCCGGCUCCCCCCCCCGGCCCUACUUGGUACCGCCCGUGGUACCACACCGGCCCCGCCGCUGUCCCGGGGCCCGCGGGCACCGGCGCUGUUCCAGAGCCCGGCGUUGUGCCAGGGUCCGUGGGCGCUGUCCGGCUCCCCCCCCCGGCCCUACUUGGUACCGCCCGUGGUACCACACCGGCCCCGCCGCUGUCCCGGGGCCCGCGGGCACCGGCGCUGUUCCAGAGCCCGGCGUUGUGCCAGGGUCCGUGGGCGCUGUCCGGCUCCCCCCCCCGGCCCUACUUGGUACCGCCCGUGGUACCACACCGGCCCCGCCGCUGUCCCGGGGCCCGCGGGCACCGGCGCUGUUCCAGAGCCCGGCGUUGUGCCAGGGUCCGUGGGCGCUGUCCGGCUCCCCCCCCCGGCCCUACUUGGUACCGCCCGUGGUACCACACCGGCCCCGCCGCUGUCCCGGGGCCCGCGGGCACCGGCGCUGUCCCGGGGUCCGCCGCUGCCCUGA